GCCUCUCCCGUCGGCGUCGGGUCUCAGCGUCCUGACAGGUUGAUGCCGUAUCAUUCCGCAGGCAGCUGAUGGGUUAGCUUUUCGCUGUCUGGGAAUCAUACCGAGAAUAUGGGUUCGUGUGUGAGUACGGAGGCGACAGGAGAUGCGGAGUCGAAGCGGAGGAGCCAAGCAAUCGACCGAAAACUAGAAGAGGACUCUAGGCGACUACGGCGAGAGUGCAAGAUCCUAUUGCUUGGUUCCGGAGAAAGCGGCAAGUCGACCAUCGUCAAGCAAAUGAAGAUCAUCCACCAAAAUGGGUACACAGUUGAAGAGCUGGCCUUAUAUCGCCUAACGGUCUACAAGAACCUCCUCGAUUGUACCAAAUCUCUCAUAGCAGCUUACCACCAGUUCUCGCUAGAACCUUCAAGUCAAAAAGUCCGCGACUACAUCCAAUUCCUUUCCGAUUAUAACAUUGACCCUGAUCCAAAUAUACCCCUGGAUUCUCGGGUCGGCGAUGCGAUAACGUAUCUCUGGAAUGACCCUUGUACUUCCAAUGUGCUGGAGCAUCAGAACGAAUUCUAUCUGAUGGAUUCUGCGCCAUAUUUCUUUGAUGAAGCUAAGCGGAUAGCUUCCCCAGAUUACAUACCCAACGUAAAUGAUGUACUCCGCGCGCGAACGAAAACGACAGGUAUAUAUGAGACGCGAUUUACCAUGGGCCAGCUUAGCAUACAUAUGUUCGAUGUUGGCGGCCAGCGGAGCGAGCGGAAGAAGUGGAUUCAUUGCUUUGAAAACGUAACAUCCAUCAUCUUCUGCGUGGCGCUGAGUGAGUAUGACCAAGUAUUACUGGAGGAGAGCAACCAGAAUCGCAUGAUGGAAAGCUUAGUCCUGUUCGAUUCCGUGGUCAAUUCUCGAUGGUUUAUGCGAACGAGCAUAAUUCUAUUCCUAAAUAAGGUCGAUCUGUUCAAACAAAAGCUUCCUCGAUCUCCAUUGAACCAUUACUUUCCGGACUAUUCAGGCGGCAAUGACGUGAACCGGGCGGCCAAAUACCUUCUUUGGAGAUUCAAUCAAGUUAACAGAGCGCAUCUGAAUCUCUACCCUCAUCUGACUCAGGCCACCGACACGACGAAUAUCCGUCUGGUAUUCGCCGCUGUUAAGGAAACAAUCCUGCAGAAUGCCCUCAAGGAUUCGGGUAUUCUGUGAGGCAGCUAUCGUUAGAAGAGCAACUAGACCCGGUUUACGUUACCGAGAUUCUCCACUUUGGCGAUUGCCUACAUUGUGUAGAGGCCGUCCUAUCUGCCCUCUCACUAGUCAGUCUUCCGGCCCGGUGUUAGUGAUGAACCUCAUUUCUCUCUGAAGCUUUGAUGCUUCUGAUUUGCACCCUGUUUGCAGCUUUGGCGUUCGUUAUCUUUUGAUUUUCUUUGUUGCGCAU